CAUCAGGCGGCUUGUUAAAAUCAUAUAUCAUGUUGUUUUAGAAUCACUUUGUUUCAAAUUCAGAGAUUCGCCAUAUAUUGAUAUAUUGCACAAACUCGGAGUGAAUUCAAGUUUGGGCUAUUUUAUUCUCACUGGAUUGAAGAUUAGGGUCUAAUUCAACGUCUGCUCUGACCAACCUUACCUUCUGUUGAUUUUAAGUCUGCAUCAGAUAAGAUUACUGUUAAUGUGAUUAAAGAUAAUCGCAAACUCUGGGCCCACACAUGUUCAGUCGCUACGGUGACUAAUGCCUCGCCUGCAGAGAAUUCAAUAUGGACGUGAUGUGGAACGUUUUCUGUCUUCUCCUUAUCUGCUGUGCUGGAGAAACGAUGGCAUCCUGCGUGACAGAAUGUUCCUGCAGAAAUGACAGCUUUGGAAGGAGUUUGAUUUGCAUGAACUCAGCUCUACGAAGAAUACCAACGAACAUCCCAUCCGAUGUUAAAAAAAUCAGGAUAGAAAAUUCUCACCUGGCGGAAUUGCCCCAAGGUACAUUUUCCUCCAACCCUGCCUUGGAAUACCUGUGGCUGAACUUUAAUAACAUUACAGUCAUGCAUACAAGAUGCAUGCAAGGGCUCGGCAGAUUAUCAGAGCUACGUCUACAAGGGAACAAACUGCGUUCAAUCCCAUGGACAACUUUCCAGGACUGCCCAGCUUUGACAAUAUUGGAUUUAAAACGUAAUCAAUUGGAUGCCCUUCCAGAGAGCGCACUGAGGUAUCUGACCAACUUGACCUAUCUGGACUUAUCGUUCAACAGGCUUACUGUGGUUUCUGGAAAUGUGUUCUUAAAUUGGACAGUCUAUCAGAGAACACAACAGAAUGAUGGUCCACGGGAUGGUAUUGCCAAUGCUCUCCUGGCUCUCCAUGACAACCCCUGGUUCUGUGACUGUCGCCUUAAAGGUUUUGUACACUUCCUCAAAUCCAUCAGCCCCCCUAUUAUUCUGAUGAACUCUUACCUAACCUGUUCAGGACCAGAUUCCAGGGCAGGUGUCUUUUUCUACAAAGUGGAACUGAAGAGUUGCUUCAAGCCAUCAGUCACAUCUGAAAACAUGAACGUUAGUGCUUCGUUUGGAGAGAAAGUACAUUUAUCCUGCAGAGCUAAAGGGAAUCCUACUCCCACAGUGUGGUGGACAAAUGGUGUGAAGAUCAUUCGGAAAAUUAAUGUGAAACACACAAGUGUUGAUGAAGAAACUGUGAAUUCGGAGCUGGUCGUUCGUUCAGCACAGGGCACUGAUGGAGGAGUUUAUAUUUGCAGUGCUGCCAACUAUCUGGGAAACUCAUCUGUGCAGAUCCUGGUGAAAACCUUGACUUCAGUAACGUUACCCAUGCCCUCGUAUCUGCCCCCAUCAUCACCCGGGGAGGAGAGUGUUUAUAUAGAUGUCAGCAUUGCAAAGCAGAUGGUGUACGGGAUAGUGUUGAAGUGGCAUGCAGUAACGCAGAACCCUGCGGAGACCUGGUACACACUGCACUUUGGCAAGUUCGAUGAUCCCUACACGGAAAAGAUUUACAUAGCACCGGGGGUGAAUACUUACUCCAUUAAUGAGCUGUUCCCAGCAACAAAGUACAAAGUGUGUGUGGCACUGAGGAACCAAUCUCCCACCAGAGGGCAGUGCAUCGUGUUUGUGACGGGCACCGAUGUCAGUGAAAUGGAGCAGAGGGAAAGGUUGAUCCACAUUAUCGUUAUUGCGUGUGCCAUGGUGUUGGCGGUGCCCGCUGGCAUGUACGCCUGCACCACCGACACCCGCUUCAGCUGCUGCUUCGACAAAUGCGCCAAGGCCUGUCGGCGACAGAGGCGAGGCGACAAGGCGCUGAGGAAGGCGGCUCAGAACGUCACCUUCGACAGCCUGCAGAUGGGGAGCGAUGCGGAACUCUGCAACAGGGCCUCCAAGGAAGACAAGAGGAGGCGCAAAAAGUCCGACGAUAAAACCCACAAGGCCAAAACUGAACUCAAAACCAGCGAUGAAUUGUAUUAG